ACUGUCCAGUCAACUUUAUCUGAAACUCCAGUGAUGACCAGCCCUUCCCAACGCAUCCAGAUAAUCUCCACAGAUUCCACCGUAUCAUCACCACAGCGUAUUCAGAUUGUCACAGAUCAACAAACAGGGCAGAAAAUUCAAAUAGUGACAGCAGUGGAUUCAUCAGUAAACCCAAAGCAACAAUUUAUACUUGCUAGUCCAGAUGGUACUGGAACAGGAAAAGUAAUAUUAGCCUCACCUGAGACUUCUAAUACCAAGCAACUUAUUUUUACCACCACAGAUAAUAUUGUGCCUGGCAGAAUACAGAUUGUCACUGACUCUGCCUCUGUGGAACGUUUGUUGGCUAAAACUGAUGUCCAGCGGCCACAAGUAGUAGAGUACUGUGUUGUCUGUGGAGACAAAGCAUCAGGUCGUCAUUAUGGUGCUGUCAGUUGUGAAGGAUGCAAAGGCUUUUUUAAAAGAAGUGUGAGGAAAAAUCUGACAUAUAGUUGCCGUAGCAACCAAGAUUGUAUCAUCAAUAAACACCAUCGGAAUCGUUGCCAAUUUUGUCGGCUCAAAAAAUGCCUUGAGAUGGGAAUGAAAAUGGAAUCUGUGCAGAGUGAAAGGAAGCCUUUUGAUGUACAGCGUGAGAAACCAACCAAUUGUGCUGCUUCGACAGAGAAAAUAUAUAUUAGAAAGGACUUAAGAAGUCCUCUGAUUGCAACCCCAACAUUUGUUGCAGAUAAAGAUGGGGCCAGAUCAGCCAGUCUUCUUGAUUCGGGGAUGCUUGUAAAUAUUCAGCAGCCUUUAAUACGGGAUGAUGGUACAGUGCUACUUGCUACAGAUCCCAAGGCUGAGACAAGCCAAGGUGCUUUGGGAACACUAGCAAAUGUUGUAACAUCAAUUGCCAGCCUUAACGAAUCUCUUAAUAAUGGAGAUACUUCAGAAAUUCCACAAGAAGACCAAUCUGCAAGUGAGAUUACUCGGGCAUUUGAUACUUUGGCUAAAGCACUUAAUACUACAGAUGGUGCCACGGCAGAGAACUUAGCCGACGGGAUGGAUCCCACAGGUGGUGCAAAUAUUCAUGUCAUCAGCAGGGAUCAGUCCACUCCAAUCAUUGAAGUUGAAGGACCUCUCCUUACGGAUACUCAUGUGACGUUUAAGGUCUGUCUUUCCUUGAUUUAUUUUGGCAAUCAUAUUACUUCCUUGUAAAAAUGAGUUCUCAUAAUGUAUAAAAUCAAAUCACAUUACAUCUUAGUUUGCUGUUUGAAACAAAUCAAUGUUUGCUUAU